CUUCACUCUUCACAACACCAACACCAACGCUCCAUGAUCUAAAAGGCAACGAUGGUCAAAGUUUUGUAGUUGACGAUCUUUGUGUGUGUAAAAUCAAAAACUUUGUGACCCCGAUGUAUUAUCAAAGCUUAUUUUCAUAUAGCGUAAUCAUCCUUUUAAGGUGAGGGCUCCGGCUGCUCUUCAACACUUCAUUCCAAUCCCAUUUCUGCUGUUGGAACAAUUAUGGAUGUGGAUCUGGAUAUGGAAGUGGACGAUAAACCACCUGUGAAAACUGAAGAAGCCCAAACUAACGAUCAAGAAUCCUCAGAAGAGGCUCAGGGAGAAAACAUAAAUUUAACUUUCAAUGAAGAGAUGCCUGAUGAGAAAACUGAAGAAAUGCCCGAGUAUGACACCCGAAGUGAAGUUUCAUCAUCGUCAUCUGACUCUGAUUCAAGUCAGCCCAGUAUAAGUUCAGUUAGUACCAACUCUUCCAGUGGCAGAAAAGGUAGAAGUUCAAGACAUAAACGGUCCUCUCAUACAUCUGAAAAGAAGAGUCCCACACCAGAAAAACGGCCUAAAUCAAGAGAAAAAGGAAAGUCUUAUGAUUAUGCUACUAAAUUAAACUAUCUGUUUCGUGAUGCUCGAUUCUUUGUGAUCAAGAGUAAUAACGCAGAAAACGUUACUUUAUCUAAAGCUAAAGGAGUUUGGUCGACACUGCCUCAAAAUGAGACAAAACUCAAUCAAGCUUUUAAAGAAUCCAGAAAUGUUCUAUUAAUCUUCUCAGUCAAGGAGAGUGGAAGAUUUGCAGGUUUUGCCAGACUCAAUGGAGAGUCCCGGCAUGAUGUUGCUCCAAUCUCAUGGGUGCUACCACCUGGCUUAUCAGCCAAGGCUUUGGGUGGUGUUUUUAAAGUAGAUUGGGUGUGUAGGAAAGAACUUCCAUUUACUGCUACAAUGCAUCUGUAUAAUCCUUGGAAUGAGGGUAAACCUGUAAAAAUAGGACGGGAUGGUCAAGAAAUAGAACCUAGAGUAGCAGAAGAGCUUUGUAGACUUUUCCCUGAAGAUGAGGGAAUUGAAAUGACUCCAAUAUUAAGGAAGUCUAAGGAAGCAGCUAAACUAGUACGCCCAAGAAGUUCUAGUUACAGAAGAGAGGGAUACAACAACAGAAGUAACCGCUUCAGUUCUUCACGGUCUUCAUCAUUUGGCUUCCGUGGUCGUGGUGCUUCCUUUAAUCGAGGCCGAAAGACAUUUGGUGUAUCUCGUAAUCGCCUUAGUCAUAGUGGAGCUGUAUAUAAAUCAUCAUCAUCCCGACAUCGGGAGAGGCUUCCACCUAUGUGGUUUGGAUCAUCUCGUGAUGGAAGCCGCCCGUUUGGUGCUGCAGCAGCUGCAGAGGCUUACGUAGCUGAUUACAUGCGUAGUCUACAGCAUCAGCUUCCCCCAAUGCCAUAUGCACCUCCUCCAGGGGUCUUUGCUGGGUCUCCGAAUCCCUAUGAUUCAAUCCCUCCACCAAGAUACUAUGAUGGACUUCCUUUGCCAGAAUAUCCACCAUUACCCCCAAGAAGUAAUGGGUACUCAGAUAAGAGGUCAUAUGAUCGUUCAGUUGAUGAGUUUUUAUGGCGCACAAGAGAGAGGCGGGACCGUGACAGGGACCGAGACCAUCAUAGGUACCGUGAACGGCGAUAGAGCUAGCGACUUAAAUAUUGUAUAUGAUCUAUUAUUCCAGUUGCUAACAUGUCCAGUGCUGUGUAUUUUCUCUUGAUAGAUCUAUGAAUAAUUCUGUGUUAGUUGAAUUUUAAGAAUUUUAACCACACUGUAUAGUGCGGUACAGUAUCUAUUCUGUCAAAAGGUGUUGUAUAUAAUUUUGUAAGUAGAAAGUAAUUAUGUAAAGGUGAAAAUGAGAAGAAUGAAUCUGGGAGAAUCCUCCCAUUCCUAGUUGCGUAUGAAAAUUGAAAAAGGUGAAUAAAAAGUGUGGGGAAAUUGAA